AUGGCUACGAACGGCGAUGCAGGCCGAGGCUCUGGAAGCUUGGUCGAUGCGUCGGGGUAUAAGUUCUCUGAGAAAGAUACCAAGCCCGGCAAGAUCAAGGUGAAGAAGACGUCCAAGGCCUCGGCCAAGAAGAAAGCAGACGAUGCGAAAGAUGGUCCGAUCGACAACUCCCCAACAGACUCGCCUCUCCCCACUUUGGAUGAGAAGUUGCUGGCCUCGUUCCCCACGGGCAAGCCGCGCGAGGAGGACCUUCUGGAGACAGUGAUCUGCAAGCACUGCAAGCGACCCAUCCUGAAGCAAGUUGCCCCAGCACACCUGCGCGACUGUUUGAAAGCGAAACAAGAGAAAGCGCGGAAGAAGAAAGAAGCCCGCGAAGCACGCGACCGCGAGAAGGCUGUGGGCAAGGAUGGGGAGGACGACAAAGCCGACGCAGCCGAUGACGCCAUGAAAGGCCAGAAGAGCGCGAAGAAGAGCGCCGUCAAGGGCACGACCGAGGAUGGCACGAAGAAAGGCAAGAAGCGCAAGGCCGAUGCUGACGACGACAAGGACAGCAAGGAACCUAAGAAAAAGAAAAAGAAGGAUGAGCCGAAGGCCAAGGCUGCUAAACCCAAAGGCCCCGUUGAUGUCGAGAAACAGUGCGGUGUUACCCUCCCUAACGGAGCGCAGUGCGCUCGCUCUCUUACUUGCAAGAGCCAUUCGAUGGGCGCCAAGCGAGCGGUCCCUGGAAGAUCGCUGCCGUAUGACAUGCUGCUUCAGCAGUAUCAGAAGAAGAACCAGGCCCGACAGCAGAGUACGUCCCGUUCGUUUCGUUCUACACGCUUAAACCGUUUCUGCGCCAUCCCCGUGGAUAUUCUCGUCCCAUAUAUGGUCCCCGAAGAAAUCCUCAGAAUAUCCUCUCUUGUGGCCCGCACAUCUCGUUCAAAACCUGCUUCAAACCCUACCCCCAGGGUCCCCCUUGUUCUUCUCCUUCCACCCGCGCUUCCCGUGCCAAACCUAAUAUUCCGGAGGAAUUUCCUGGAGAUUGUCUUGUUGAUCAUCCAAAAAAGCAAAACACGAGAGCUGACAUGUUUGAUUUGUGUUACUACAGAGGCUGCUAUCGAUGCCAAUGCCCCGCUGCAAGAAGAUCUCGAAAACAACGGCCCGGUCGACUCCGAUGAAGAGAGAGACUCAGUUAUGGCCGCGAUUACUCGUUCGGUACCCCAACCCUUGGUCACCCACCACCUGAUCACCACGAAGAAAAAGUACAAGUAUGUACGAGUCAAAGAGCAGAUGCUGCACGCCAUGGGCGGCCGUGGCGGCGGUCUCUUCUCAACAGACGACAGCCAACCCCUGCUGGGUGGGAAUAUCUUUCAAUCCGUCGAUACCAGCAUGGCCUCUUCGUCGCCAAUGAUGCCCACCAGUGACGAACCCGGCCCUCUUCCUGCUACUGCCAGUGAUAUGAACAAGAAGGGCCCCGUCCAAGCUGCUCGCAAGACUCCGGUAGCGGCAGUAUCAUGA